UUUUUGUGAAUCGACAAAAUAUUUUUCUUUUAUUUUUUUAAAUAAAUUCUGCAUAAUCGCAAAGGAUCUUAUCAGUUCGUGUCGAGAUCUCUUUUGAGCCGGACGAAAUAUAUCAGAAUGGAGAAAUUAAUUUUCUGGUUUUUGACGUGCUUGCUAGCAGUGGAUAUUGGAGCCUUAAAUCUUCCUGUACCGCUUCCCGUACCUGUAGACACUCCAGUGCCAUUAGAUAAUUUACCAGUUGGUGAUUUACCAGUCGGCGAUUUACCAGUUGGUGAUUUACCUGUCGAUGGCCUACCAUUAGAUGGACUUCCUGUCGAUGGCCUACCAUUAGAUGGACUUCCUGUCGAUGGCCUACCAUUAGAUGGACUUCCUGUCGACGGCCUACCAUUAGAUGGACUUCCUGUCGAUGGCCUACCAUUAGAUGGACUUCCUGUCGAUGGCCUACCAUUGGAUGGACUUCCUCUAAAUGGUCUUCCUGUCGAUGGCCUGCCUCUAAAUGGUCUUCCAGUAGAUGGACUUCCUCUGAAUGGCCUGCCAUUAGAUGGACUUCCUCUGAAUGGCCUGCCAUUAAAUGGACUUCCUCUAAAUGGCCUGCCAUUAAAUGGACUUCCAGGACUGGGAAAUUUAGGAAGUUUGCUUGGUGGACUUCCAGGAUUGGGAAAUGCUGGAAAUUUACUUGGUGGAUUGGGAGGACUAACUAGUCUUUUGUCAGGCUUGCCGGCACUGGGUGGACUAGGAGGACUUCUUUCCGCAUUGAUUGGUGCAUUAAAUGCAGUUCCUGGCUUAAACCAACUAAUUAAAAUGGUAUUGGACAUUGUGGUUGCUCUACUACAAGGCAUUGCAAAUCUAACAGGAGUAGAUGCUCUAAAACUAUUAUCAAGUAUUCCAAUAAUUGGCCCACUUGUCUGUGGACUUUUACAAUUACCUGGAUUAUCAGGCGGUCUGUUCGGCGGUGUUCCUGGACUAGACGCUGUAACUGGAUUGUUGGGAGGAGCAGGUGGAGCUUCUCCACUUUCCGCUUUGGGUGGAUUGACUGGCGGUGGUGCUUCUCCACUUUCUGCUUUGGGUGGAUUGACUGGCGGUGGUGCUUCUCCACUUUCUGCUUUAGGUGGAUUAGUACCCAGCUUAGGAGGUUCGCAGUCGUCUGCAAUUCCUGGAUUAGACGGAUUGGGUCAGUUAUUGAGUUUGGUGGUGAAUCUUUUGUGUGGAAUUUUAUCUGCUCUACCUCAACUGCUCGCAGGGUUACCACUUGGUAAUCUUUUGUCAUCUUUGCCAUUGGGUGGAUUACUUGGAGGUCUUAUACCUGGAUCAUCUGGCGGGGCUUCUCCACUUUCUGCUUUGGGUGGAUUAGCUGGUGGUGGUGCUUCUCCGCUUUCUGCUUUGGGUGGAUUAGCUGGUGGUGGUGCUUCUCCGCUUUCUGCUUUGGGUGGAUUAACUGGUGGUGCCGCUUCACCACUUUCUGCUUUGGGUGGACUAUCUGGAGGCGGAUCGUCUCCACUUUCUGCUGUAGGUGGCCUAACUAACUCCGUUCCAAAUGUGGGAGGUGGAAGUGGAGGAAAUGGAGGAGGAGGACUCAUUAAUAUUCACGAUAAUGACUUCAGCAUAAUCAAAAUCGUUAUCGGAGGAAGAUAAGUAAUUCGUAAGUUGAUAAAAACAUUAACAGAAACGGUCGUUUCUGAUGUAAAUAGAGAAUCAAAAUAAAUUAUGAAUUUUCCAAGUGUU